CCGUUCCUUUUUUUUACCGACGGCUUUCAUUCCCCCCCAGCCCGGGUGGUUUUAAAAAAAUGCCUGAUGAACCCGGAAACGACCCAACAGGCUAGCGAGAGUGCCCCUCUAAAAGGAACAUCUCUGACUAACUCCUCGAUGCCUGCGGAGACGGUGGGAGGAGCUAAAUCCUCCCGGUUCUCUUUCAGUCUUUCGAAAGCCGGUGUCGGGCGAGGGCUCGUCCUUCGUGGGAGGGGAAAAAAAGAGGGCGGCGGGUGUUCGUCUUCCUGCCCCCCCACCCCACCUCUCUCAGGCGCUCCUCCCUCCAAGAGGAGGCCGGGCUUUGAGGGCGGCUUCUUAGCGCCGGGACAAACCUUGUUCUUCAAAUGGAGGGGGAGCGGCUGUGGGCCGGCGUUCCCUUUGGCCUGAAAGGCCGAUCCCCGUCGAGUGGCCGCCGUUAAAGGCGACGAGUCGGCCCCAGUCCCGGCCCUUUCCUUUCCCUUCAUGGCUGCCUUUGUUUUCUGCAAUGCUUGUUUCCAGAAGCCCCAGGGAGCCGCUCCAAAAUUUACUCUCACCAAUUGUGGCCAUGUUGUCUGUGAGCGGUGCCUGCAGAAAGGUAAAAAAGAUGAGUGUCUGAUUUGCAGAGCUGCAUGUCGUACAAUAGUACUUUCCAAAAAGAUGAAUCCCGAUAUCCAUUUUCUAUUUAUGGGAGUAGAUGGGUUAUGCAGAAAAUACUCCAAAGAGCUUCAGCAAAUUGCCCAGUUCCAGGAAAAACACAGAAGACAACUAUUAGCACACUACCGAGGAAAGAUUACAAAACUGGAAGAAUAUCUUAAGAAAGCAACACAGCACAUUCAUCAGACACCACAACUGCAACGAGUUUCAUCAGUGGAGGUAGAUUAUGCGCCAUCUUCAGUGCAGAAACCUGAAACAACAGUUGGAGCAACAAGGAUAUCAUUGAUAAGCCCUCCACAGAAUGGACAUAUGGGUAGUGUUGCAAGCAGAAGUUCUCAAUUGUAUGGAAUGACUUCAUGUCAAAAGACUACAUCAGGGUCUGUAAGGUCAUCACCAUUAAGAAUACCAAAGAGUGGGACCUCCUAUAAGUCAUCAUUUGUGUCAUCACAAGGUAGUCAAAGUCACAUGCCAGAUGGUUUUGGAUCAAGAACAAUGCAGCAUUACGAAUGCACACCACAGUCUUCACUUGUGAGACCCUCAAUAGCGCUGGGCAGUCUUUUACAAAGGCAACAUUUAGGACCUUGUAGUCUUCCUGGAUAUUCUUUUAAAAAAAUAAAUACAUGAGCAAGCUGUAUUCAACAAAAGAGAGAAUGCUGUCAUUUUAUAUAUUAAAAUGUGUAUUAAAUUAUAUCAUACUAU